UGCCUCUCCCCUCCCCUAUAUUUAUGUUUUGUUUGGGUGCCAUUGCCGGUUAUUCAAAAAAGCGUCCAAUUUUUUUGAGGAAUUUCCUAUUUUAUUGAGAAACCUUUGUAAUCUGCGGGUUCCAACGAUAUCAGAUAUAUUUGUUCUUAUACUGGAAAAGAGGAAUAAGGAAGAACCAUGAGCAACUUCAGACCAGGUCAAGACACCAGCAAAACCAACCUCAUUGUCAACUACCUUCCACAAGGUAUGACGGAGAAGGAGUUAUUUGCAAUGUUCUGCACAGUGGGCACCAUUGACAGUUGCAAGGUCAUGAAGGACUUCAGGACGGGCUACAGUUACGGCUUUGGGUUUGUCAACUAUGUCAGCGAAGAGGACGCCCUGAAGGCUAUCAACACUCUUAACGGACUGCAAGUGCAGAAUAAGCGUAUUAAAGUGUCCUACGCUCGUCCCUCCAGCGAGGAAAUUAAAGACACUAACUUGUACAUCACAAAUCUGCCAAGGGACAUCACAGACGAUAUACUGGAAGCUAUGUUUAACCCUUACGGCAAGAUCGUGCAGAAGAACAUUCUGAAAGACAAAAUUUCAGGCAUGCCCAGGGGUGUAGCAUUUGUCAGGUACAACACAAACCAGGAAGCCAUGGAAGCUAUAAACGGGCUGAAUGGAACAGUUCCCGACGGCAGCAUGGAACCUAUUCAAGUGAAAAUAGCAGAGGAACAUGGAAAGCAAAAGGCAGCUUAUUAUGCAGGUUGGCAGGCGGGAUUUACUCAAAGUCGAGGAGGCUUUGCUGGUGGCCGCGGAGGAUUUAGGGGUGGCCCUAAUAUGGGUGGUCGUGGAGGCCCCAUGGGCAGAGGAGGCCCUUCUUUCAGAGGCAGGGGAGGUGGACCACCACCAACUGGCGGUUUUGGACCUGACAUGGGUGGUGGCUAUGUACCACAGCCCCAGGGAAACAGCAUGGGAGGGGCAAUGAGACCAGACAGAAUGCACAACAGCAGGUUCAACCCCAUGGGCAUGGGUGGAGGACCAGGAGGCUACUACAACAGCUGGAACUGAUAAGAUUUAUCUGGAAGGGUACACUGAGCUGGCCUAAAUUUUUUUAACAUACAGUUUUCAUUAGUAUAAGGCUAGUUCUGCUUUUUUUCAAUCAUAGCAUUUAAAUAAUCACUUCAGCAAACUUAUCAAUGUUCAAGACAGAAUCGAAUGGUAUUACAAAAUUCUAUAGGCGCCUGAAAAGGCUAAAUAUUUGCUUAUGUGAAACAAAAGUGCAAUCAGGAGUGUAGCAGAGUAUAGUGUGGACUCUGCCUUAGAGAAACAUGCCAUAGUUUCAUUUAAAUGCUUAUAAAUUAUUAUUUUUGUGGCAUUAUUUGUGUGCAAAAGAUACUUGCAAACUCUUUUAAGUCAUCAUCAACUUCCUGAUAUUUUCAUUUUGUAUAAAAAAUCUUUGGAGAAAAAAGAUUUUCAAUUUAUUGGAAUUAUGACCAAAAGUAACAGGCUACCACCUCAAGAAUUUGAUGUAAUUAACUUUGCUUUUGAAAUUUGAUCAAAAGAUCCAUUUUUUUAUUCUUCAAAAUAAAUCCAGCAUUAUUCAUGGUAAAUAAAUAUAA